AUGGAAACAAAUCGCUGCGAUCAGUCUGCAAGCCCGAGUAAGUUCCCGGUCCAGUGUCGAACGGAUUUAACGGAUUAUCUGGGUGAACAUCAAGCCCAAGUGUUCUAUGCACAUCUAUUGAUUGAUCAGAUAGUCACUCCUUCUGGAUCCCAUCGUCCUAUCCGGAUUGCUAUUGGCGAAUCAAUCCCAGUGGAUCUUACCGCUAGACAUGGUGGCUCUGGUCCCAUCCAGUUGGUAUUGGCUAUGCCUGUGUACUUUUUCAAGCGUGAACAGAGCUCGCGUCUGGUGCACGCCUCAGUCCAUGUGGAUCGUAAUAAUAUUCAACCGUGUUCGGAUAUAUCUUGUGCAACUGACACCUUAUGUAAACGUGGUUUGCCAAAUGAGGAGAAAUCUGAUCGCAAUAUGAUCUCUCUAGCCACACUGAUUGUCUACUUUCCUGUUUCUCAUAUGAGUUCAGCAAACAAUUUGUGCAUCGUGGGAGAUCAGCAAAAGCAUGUGCACUUGCCACCGGUCGAUCGAUCUGGCACGCGACUGGCCGACCAGUUACUCAUGUGCAGAUUCGAGAUGCGUUGGCGUUUGUCACUGUAUUGA